AUGCUAAGGCUUGUGGAGACUCGUGACUCUUUGGUCACGGUCUCAGUUCAACAACACCUCUCAGAUAAACUUCAACCAGUCUUUCCGAUGCUCAACCAAAUUGAAUGUGUUUCGGGAAGCGGAUCUCUUCCUAAACAAGGGGGAGACAAAGAGCCUCAGCCAAAGCAAACGAAUGAAGAACAAAGGCCAAAGACUCAAAUUGAUCAGAAGGAUUAUGAAGCUUCUGCAUCAACUGUUGUUAAUCAAAUUCUCUUCUCCUUCUAUCUGAAGUAUGCCAAGCCUCAGUACAAGACUUUGAGUUUGAAGAAAAUUUGUGCUUUAAGAGUUAAAUCGCCUAUUCAGACUGAAGACUUUCUAAACAUUCAGUUCAAGGGGUUCAGGGGAGCUGAUAAAAUCAUGGAUGAGUUUACUUUGGUAGACUCUUUCUGCAUGAAUCCAUGCGAUUGGAUCUCCUUGUUCAUAAUUGUUAUGAAAGAUGAACAAAAAUACAAGCCCAUUGUGGCCCAUCUGAAAAGGAUGCUUAUCUGCUACAUUCUUGAGAUAACGAAGAUGGAUGUAGAGAUAGCAUCUGUUCGAAAGAAAAGCCAAUUUUGA